AUGGAUAACAAUGAACAAUGCAAAGUAAAAUUCGAUGUUCAGUCUGAAAAAUUCAAUAUUUCAAUCCUUAUGCUCCCUUCACUUUAUGUAGUUGAUAUAAUACCUAAGAAUAACAAUAUUAAUCAUAAUACUACUACUACUACUACUACUAAUAAUAAUAAUAAUAAUAAUAAUAAUAAUAAUGGUAGUAGUAGUAAUAUAGAAUUAUAUGCAUAUGUAUGA